AUUAAUUAGGUUAAGUUGAUAUAGAAUUAUUUUAUUGUAUUAAUUAGGUUAAUUAAAUUGUUGUUUUGUUGUUUUGUUAGAAGUUUCGAAAUGGAUAGAGAUUGGAUGAGUGCGAAUAGGUUAACGGUAAAAUAUAGGGAAGGUGUUGACUUCUUUUUGGAGUUUUCUGCAAAGAAUGCAGAUAAUCCUGAUUUGGUUCAUUGCCCAUGUCUCAAAUGUGGUAACAUGGAGCGUAUGAAAAUUGCCCAAAUAAGAGAACAUUUGUUUAAGAACGGUAUAGACAGGAGUUAUAAGGUUUGGUAUCACCACGGAGAAAAAAUUAGAAGAUCGGGCGAGGGACCCUCUAGAAAGGAUAAGAUUGUUGGAUCAGCGCUGACGAGGUGGAAGAUGUGUGCGAGCUCCAUAUGAUUGGAAAUACUGUUAUGUCUCUUUGGUGCAGUUAUUUGCAAGAACACACACUUAAUCUUGGUGGGUUGAGGAAUACAUAUGCAUUUAAUAAUCCUGCUUCAGUAUCAACUGAAGCUGGUAAACUCAAACAACGUUCAGAGAAUCUAUGUCAGCGAAUGAUGGGUAUGCAACCUGAACAAUGGUUGAUAUGUCCGUGGAAUUCAGGUGAUCACUGGUUGACAAUUAUGAUUCAUGCCAAUACUCAAAGUGUUGCAUAUCUUGACUCGACGAAUGACUUUAUCCGAACUGAUAUUAUGAAAUGUAUCCAAAAUGCUGUGGACAUGUACAGGAUCGAAAAAAAUAUACGAAACAAGGGUCCAGUAAAAAUCAACCAAUACACGUGUCGACAGCAGCCGGAUGGAAUACAAUGUGGUUAUUAUGUUAUGAAGAUUAUUCAGAGUUUCAUGACGGUUGUUAAUCCUGCAAGUUUUUUGAAAAAUCAUUUCAAGUUAGACGCUCCCUAUAGUAACGAGGAGAUCAAUGCCGUACGGGAUGAGUUGGCCGAAUUUGUGAAGCCAUUGAUUAUAGAUUAAGUACUUAAGGUUACUACACUUUUGAUAUAAUACAUGAGUAACAAGUUUUAUGAUUAUUGUUAUCUUUUGCAUAUAUUAUUAGUUUAUAUUUAGUUUACGAUAUACAUGGAAUUUAAGUUUUAGAAUCGAUUUUAUUAACAAUUUUGGUAUUGUGUGAUUAGUUAAUAGAAUCGAUUACUAAUUUAAUAUAAGUUUUAAAAAUGUUAUUUUAA